CUGCAAUUUUCAAGUAAUUUAAUUAGACUUUCUCUCUUUCUCCUCUUAGCUGUGGUCGUUCCUGAUGGGGCAUCAGAGAAGGCAGGUCUGGGUGAUGAGCUUGGGAGUGAAGAGGAUCUUCUGUAUGAAGAAUUCCGGAGUUCUGGACAUCGGUUUGGGCAUCCAGGAGGAGGCGGAGGAGAGCAGCUAGCCAUCAAUGAGGACUUCUCCUCAGCAGAGGACGAGACUCGAGGAGAAGCCGGGGAGGCCACCACCGGGGCCGCGCGGCGGUGGGGGGGGGGGCCGGCGCCAGAGGACAGCAGCGGGGACGCUCCGGGAGGAGGAGGAGCAGGGGGGGAGGCGGUGUGGUGCGGGGGCGCGGCGCUCCGGGAGCGGCGGCUGGGCGGCGGCGGUGGCGGUGGCCCCCGGGGGGGGGGCCAGGACGAGGCCAAGGGGCCGAUGGCUCGCGGGAACGGCUCGGGACGCUGGAGCCGGCAGCGGGCGGGCUUCUUCAACGCCAUGCUGCGCUGCAACCUGCCCCCCGACACGCAGAAGGUGGUGGUCUUCAUCAUCAUGAUGCUGCUCAUCGUCAUCAACGUGGUGCUCAUGUUCCUGCUGGCCUUCCAGUAG